GCCCAGCCCAGCCCCCAAUCCGAAAGUGAGCUUGGACUCGAUGUCGCGGAUCGCUUCAGCUCCGACCUCACGCUCUCAACUUCCUCCUCGUCCUCCUCCUCAACAACACUCCUCCAAACCCAACUUCAGCUCUGCUUUGGGUGCGGAUCGCUCUUCUCACCAAGAGCGAGCACUUACUCAAUCCUGUUCGUCCAUCCUUCUUUUUACAAUACAAUACCCCAUCCGCUGCGCAUCCUCGUACCUUCAACUGCACAAAGCCCGUCGUUAUUUACCCACCUUGCACUUCUACUCUAUACUUCAUCUAUACUAUUACAAGAGAUCAGCUCGUUUCGAUCAGACAGUGUCGUCGUCCGUCCGCCAUCAAUAGGCGCCGAAUCCCUCCUUUCUACCUCAUUCUUGUCUCCGUUGUCCUACUUCAUUCUAUUCUACUAUUACCCCCUCAGAAACUCACGCACGCACGCCCCCACCCCAAGCCUCUUAUACUUUUUUGAACACUCCUCUGACAGCAAUCAUGGCAUCAAACAGCAGCAGCUUCAGCUUCGUGGUCGCACCCUCCUCCUCCCGACAAGCUCCAGGUGUCACUUGACAAUCAGCAAACGCGACGCCUUUACGAGCCGCCUAGAAGAACCCCUGCUGUCCCACCAACUCGAUACCAAGCCAACUUCCUCCCUCAGAAUCGAACAAACGAGACGAUGGAUUCAUAUCAGAGUUACAGAGAGCCGCAGUCGGCACGAUCUCCUACAGAGCGUACGCCUUGGGCUGGUGGUCGUGAUGAUAAUUACAGAGCGAGUGAUCGGACGGAUACUUCUCGUACGGAUACUUUCUAUCGUGGCAGAUCUCCUGGUGUUGAUCGAGGCCGCCGACCGCGAGACCGAAGUCGUUCGCCAGUUGCAGUUGAUCGAUAUGAGCCCUCAAACAGAGGUCGAGAGGAUUAUGGUAGACGUGAUCGAGAUCGUGAUGGCCGUCGGAUUUCUCCAGCUCCUGUGAACAUCGAUCGCUAUAUUCCUGGUCAAGAUUCGGGACCUCCACCGAUCACCAUCAAUCCGUUAGCUGAUCCUGCGUCGCUCGCAUUUCAAGUUGGGUUUUCAUACUUUGGAGAAUGGUGGCGUACGAAUGAAAAGAUCAAGGAGGAGAAGGAACGUGCAAGAACUGGCAAACGUGCGGAUCCGUUACGCCCACGCGAUAGUCAGGAAGAUCGUGAGAAGGAGAAAGCUCGAAUUCAAGUUGCAUAUGAUGCAUACAAGGAAGAGCUUCAGGCGAAGAUGGCAAGACAAUUCGUUGCAGAACACAAGAACGAGCAAUGGUUCCAGGAGCGAUAUUAUCCCGAGGUUCGGGACGGUCUACGAACACAGCUCAAUGAGUUUCGACGUGGCAACUACAGUCAGUGGGAGCAGGACCUCGAAUCAGGUACCUUCGACGAGUACUCAUUGGAAGGAAUUCCUAAGAGCGAGAGCAACGGUGCUGGAGGAGUAGUUGAGAAGGAGGAGGGAGAGACAACAGCAGCCAACGAGGUUCUUGGUGUUGGUGAUCUUGUCCCCUCUCGUGGAAGUGAUAUCAGAGACGAGAACGCUUUCCAGCCAACUCUUCUGAUCAAGACACUCGCUCCCAAUGUCAGCCGUCAACAUUUGGAAAACUUCUGCAAGGAGCAUCUAGGAGAAGAUGAAGGAGGCUUCAAGUGGUUGAGUUUGAGUGAUCCUAAUCCAAGCAAGCGGUAUCACCGAAUUGGUUGGGUCAUGCUUCACCCAGCACCUGAAACAGCACCAAUUGUCGAUCGACCUGAUCCCAAGGACGAAGAUGCAGAUGGAGAUAUUCAGAUCCCUGUAGUUCCGCAAUCAACUGCUGAGAAGGCUCUUGAGGCUAUCAAUGGCAAGACUGUCAAGGACGAGGUCCGAGGUGACUUCACGUGUCAUGUCGGUGUACACGUUCCGCCCAGCAUGCCACGAAAGAAGGCACUCUGGGAUCUUUUCUCAGCUCCUGAACGCAUCGAAAAGGACCUCGAGCUCGCUCAGAGAUUGGUUCAAAAGUACGAGGAAGACUUCGGAUCUGAUUUCAAUGCAGUUCUGAAGAUUGAGGAACGUGUUGAAGAUCUGAAGAACCAAGGACGCCUCUUGCCACCAGUAACUGCUCCAAUAGUCAAGAAGUCCAAGAAAUCUCGAGACAAUAUUGGUCUCGAUGAAGCUAUGGAUGAAGGUGAGGAGGGCGAGGAAGAAGAGGAAGAGGAUGAAGAAGGUGAAUUUGACGAUGAGGUUGAUGACGAGGAUCUGUUGGUCAAGAAGAAGCAACUCGACCUCAUGGUUGAGUAUCUUCGCCGUGUUUUCAACUUCUGCUUCUUCUGCGUAUUCGAGAGCGACUCAAUUCACGAAUUGACUCGGAAAUGCCCAGGCGGCCAUCUUAGACGACCGCGCAACACGCUGAGCACUGCUGGAAAGGCUGCUGCCAGAGCUAGUGCAUUGGGUGAACCAUUUCAAUUGAAGAAGCGGACUGGCACGGACAUGAAUGAGGAUCUAGACAAUCCGAACUCUCCCACCGAGGAUCGAAAGUUCAACCGAAACAAUGCUGCUUCCAAGGCAGAACAACAGUUGCAGCGUGCUUUCAACUGGGUUAAGACUUUCGAAGAGAAGCUUAUGCAGAUUCUGGAACCUGAGUCGAUUGACGUACGCAAGUUGGGCGGAAAGCCAACCGAUGAAGCUUUGAAGGAUGAAGUCACGAAGUUUGUGAAGCAGGAGGACGAGCAUAAGUUCAGAUGUCGAGUUCCGGAAUGCACCAAGCUGUUCAAGGAAGAACACUUCUGGAAGAAGCACGUUGAUAAACGUCAUCCGGAAUGGCUCGAGGGAUUGAGAAAAGACUUUGAUCUCGUCAACACGUAUGUGAGCGAUCCAGCUCACAUUGCGCCUUCAAGAUCAGAUGCCAACAGUAACGGUCAUUUCCCUCCUGCCAAUGGCCACAUGCCAGCAGGUACCCCUCGGGGUUUCAAUCUCCAGAACUUCGGAAUCGCUGGUGGCAUGCCACCAAUGCCAGGAUUUGGCCAGCCAGGCUUCUCACCCUUCUUCCCUACAAAUCUGCCAGCCGGAAACUGGAAUGGCGCUGGAGAUAAUCGCGGAGGUGGACCUAUUCGACGCGGCGGUCGUCCAUACCAGGCCAAUGCUCGCACUGGACCUUAUGAUCGUCGUCCUAGAGAUCCGCGCGAUAACAACGGUAGACUCAGUCCGCCCCCUGGCGCUCGUCGUGGCGGUAUGACUGGUGGAGGAAGAUGGGGAGAUGGAGCCGCUGGAGGUGCCGCCGUUGGACCUCGGGAGGCAGUUCAAGGCAGAAGUCUCAAGUCAUAUGAGGAUCUUGAUGCCGUUGCUGGUGGUGGAUCUGGGGAGUUGAAUUACUGAGAAUGGGACAUGGUGCUAUGGAUGGAUCUGGUGCGCGAUGAUGUGGGAUGCGGAAUGAGAUUUCCGAAAAGUCAUAUGGCGUUGGUGCACAUUGCAAUGGAACGCUCUCUAGCAUUGAGAAGAUCAUUUGGGUUUGUCUGUCUGUCGGUCGCUGAUGACUGGCUAUCUUUUCCUUGAAACUUGUACCAUACAUAGCAUUGCAAUAUGGAUGAGAUUGCUGAUGACUUGACUUGACUUGACUUGGCCCACUGGUAUCAGACCCGUUUAUUGUGAUAACUUGAUUUGCGAACUGUGUUGCGUCUAUCCGU